GCUCUCACUCGUUGCUGUCCAAAAUCACAAUGCCCAAACGAAAGGCUGACGGAGACUCAAAGGUUGAGAAGUCCAAAUCAAAGGAAGAACCACAAAGGAGAUCUGCCCGGCUAUCUUCUAAACCAGCCCCACCUAAACAAGAGCCAAAAGCAAAGAAGGCAGCUCCUCCAAAGAAAGCUGACAAAGCUCUCAAAGGCAAGAAAGGAAAGGAAGACUCUGGAAAAGAUUCCACCAAUGCUGCAGAGAACGGAGAAGCAAAGUCUGACCAGGCACAGAAAGCAGAGGCGUCUGCUGAUGCCAAGUGAACUGUGUGAAUUUUGAUAAGUGUGUACUUCUGGUGACUGUACAGUUUGAAAUACAAUUUUUUAUCAAGUUUUAUAACGAUGCAGAACUUUGUU